GGGGUAUCGUGGCAACUGUAAAUAUGGCGUUGCUUCGCCAGUGAUUUUUCUCUAUUUUGAAGAAGCAAGGAUAUUAAACAAAUUAUACUGGCGUGUGAUCUAUCACCUUUUGUUUGAAAUAUUAUAUUCUAUUUACCAGGACAUUCUUUGUCGUAAGUAGGAAGAAUUUAUAACGACCGUAAGAGGGAUUUCUAGGUCGGGUAGAAUCUGCUUUGGACGGAGCAGCUGUAUGAAAAACCGCACUACCUGGGCCGACAGCGCGCCGGUAAAUCCCUGCAAGCUUCCCGUGAUCUGCAGCUGAAUGUGGACUGUGCAUGCAUUGGCACACAACAAGAACCUUUCGAGAAGGACAAGGCUCUGAAUUUCGUCGGUCUUAUCUGGAACAGUGUGUUGUGUGAAAAGAUUGGAAACUGAAUAGUAUAUAGAUUGGUAUUUUCACCUGCAAUAAGGCAAAGUUUGAAGCCCCUUUUCAAUUGAAUUGCAGAAAACGAAUUGCACAAUUUGCACAAUAGGCCUAGAUUGGGAUCGUUGUAAUAGGCCUAGUGCAAGUGCUGGUUAUUUCUGAACAUGACAGUUGUGACUUGAUCCAGGAACACUACAGUAACACUAGAAUCUAGGUCUACACUAAGUAACAGCAAACAAUAUUGUCAAAUUUCCUGAAUGAAAAGUUAACAUCAACAAAUUCAGACAUUCAUUGAAAAGAUGACGACAAAGAUGGCAACGCAACUGCAACCUAAACCACCUGUGCCUGUUGUUGGACAUGUGAUCACAGAUGAAGAGAUGGGCUUGAAAAAGGGAAUCAAGAUCCAGCAGGUUAACUUUGUUAAAGUCAUCAAACUCCUUACAGAUCCACAUUCGGUGGCUCUCUAUGAAAGACACAACCAUGCUCUGCAGAGACUCAUCAGACACUACAGUGCUGGAUUUCUCCUCAAAGACUUGGUGCAGGUGUUCAAAAUCCUCAAUGUGUGUGCUGACAGGAGUCACGAGCAGCCCAUGUACAUCAAGCCCAUGAUUGAGAUGCUGAAACUUUGUAGCUUGCCUUUCCUGCGGGAAAAGUCAUCCGAUGAAACCACCUACUCCCAGAUUGUCAUUGAAUCAUUCUCUCAAUUGGGCUAUUUGAUGAGAGUACCCAGCAGAGAAGUGCGCAUCCAGCUUGCCAAUACACUGGAGGCCAUCUACACCAAUAACACAAAGGGUCUGCUCGUCCAAGACCAUCAGCCUACCACAAGGGCCUAUAAUGCAGCCAUGGUGGAGAGGAGUGACAUUGCGGAAACACUAGUGAAGAGUUUGACCUUACUUGAGAAUGACCUGGAGGUCAAACUGCGGCUGAUGAUCAUCCUGCAGCACUUCUCUUCCUUCUCCCCUAUCAACUGUAACUCUAUGCUUUCAGCCGAUGCAGCAAGUCGCAUAUGCAGCAGGAUGAAUGACCCGGACCCCAGCGGCAAGUUAUUGUUCCACUCCAUUGAGAUCUUGUGGAAUCUGAUGGAGAAUGGAGACCGGGAAGAGAUGGCCAGACAGCUCAACUCAUUUAUCUGUGUAGAGGCAUUGAAAGACGCUUUCACCCAACAGAUGACAAAUGGCUACAGUCAUUAUGAUAGGCAGUUGAGGAAUGACCUUCUCGUGCUAACAACGCUAGCAGUAGCUAAUAAUCCUGAGGCACCUUUCAUUGAAACCGGUUACGCAAAAGUCCUGAUCCUCUUUGCCACAUUCCAAGAAGUUAGAAGUCACAAUGCCCUGGUCAAAUACCUGAAAUUAGGAACCAGCCCUGAAGAUUUUGAGCUGAAGAAGAUGCUGAUCAAUGUAUUGGUUGUCCUCAGCAAAGAACCUGCGGUCAUUCCGCUCCUUAGCGAGGGUCAUGUGAUCCUAGCUCUACUGUCGUUCAUCAAGAACAAUGAGAACUCCAGCCAGCCGCAGGAGUGGAGCCCCGCCCAGUUUGAAGAGACCCAGCUCCAUGCCAUGUCUGCCCUGUGCACCCUAGCGCCACUCUGUAUCCAGGACUACAUGACAUGUCAAGGAAAUACAAGGUUACUUCUCCUGCUGGAAUGGUGUGUUGGAAAAGAUGACUUUGCUGGCCACGGGAACGCCUUCCACGGUAAAGGAGGACGCGGUAACAAGCGAGCUCAGAUGAGGUACUGCCUCCAUCUCAUGAGGAGCGUGGUUUCUCUCAACGACAGUGAGGUCAACCAGGACCUUGUCGACCAGGGAGCCAUCAACCAGUUACUAGAUAUCCUGUUAAGCGCUACAAGGUCCAGCAUAGAAGACGAUGCUAUUGACGUCGAGAUGCAGUGUGACAUGCUCUUCAUUCUCUCAGUAUUAUGUGAAUCAAACAUACAUAGAAAGGAGCUGUAUGGUGAGAAGGGUGUGGAGGUGGUGCUUCGAUACCUCAGGACAGACGCCAAGAAGCUGAACCGAGGCUUGGGACACCAUCGUCUCAUGCUAGCAGCUGUAGAUAACAUCUGGUGCUGUGUGAUCGGGGCCUACAUCAACGAGGACCAGUUCCUAGAAGGCCAGGGCGUGUUCCUGCUUAUCGAUCUAUUAGAGUCCUCUACUCGUAACACCCACAACCUGUCGCUGGGCUGCCUAACGGACUUGUGUGAGAACCCUAAGACCGUACCCCACCUCAUGGCCUGGAAGGGCAAGAAGGAACGCACCAUCGCCAGUCUCCUGGUGGACAUCUGGAGGCAGGAGGAGACCCACAUGGGCGUCAAGAGGGAUGAGAACGGAGUCCUCAUAGAUCCAGCUGUACCUCUAAUGGGCAGUUUUCAGGAAGAGGCUGGAAUCAAGCCCUUACCUGCUAAUCAGCCCAGUCAUGCUAUUACUGACAUCUCAGAGAAUAUGAGGGCUAAGAUCUACGCACUCUUCUGUAAGAUAGGUUCUGAAGACCCCAAGGGACUGUCUACGGAGGAGCAAGUAACCCUGGUCAUCAUCAGGAGGUUUCUGGACUUCAAAGAGGGCGAGAUCUGGGUGGAGAUCACCUCAGAGCUCGAGCAGGAGAACCUACGACCUGUCACUCCUGAUCAGGAAUUGCUUGAGAUGCUCAGUAAAUCAAACCAGGAGAUGGCUGAGACGAUCACAGAAGAACAGAAUGAGCUUCUGGAAUCACAAAGACAACAAGCCUUAUUGGAAGAACAGGAGCUUUAUUCAGAGAUUAAAGAGAAUCACAAACAGCGGGAGAAAUCCAUCAAGAAAUGGGAUGACUUUGUGGCUAGAACGUCCAACUAUGCCAUCCUCAAGAAUUCGAAGGGUAGACAAGACGUUGCUAUUGACGAUUCUAGAGCCAAGCAGAUUGACAACGAGCACUCUUUCCAUGAUAUUGAUCUUCCUUCACUCCAGACAACAACUUUCCAGGGUCGGACUAUCAUGGUAGACAGCACCCCUCGUGACAUCUUGGACGGAUCUACUCUCAUCACCAGCCAUACGGACGCAGAGAACAACCUCACGCUCAGCAAACAUGCCUCCAUCGCCGUCUCAUGAGCUCCCAUUCUCUCUCUCUUUAAAUGACCGCCGCAAACCCACGGAAAAGGCAGAGAACAACUUGACACUCAACAAACAUGCCUCCAUUUUUAAAUGACCGCCGCAAACCCACAGAAAAGGGGGAUUACCGUUAACGAUUAAGUUUCUAUUUAGUUUCACAAGCUCCCUUUUUUAAUGCCAUCACAAACCCCCCCAAAAAAGGGAAUCACCGUUAACAAUUGGAGAGCACAACUUAACACUCAACAAGCAUGUCUCCAUUGCUGUCUCAUGAACUCCCUCUCUCUCUCU